CAGGCAACGAGCACAGCAGCACUUAGCCCAUCAACAGCAGCACUCAUCAACCUUCGCUCUAUCAACAUCGUUCUUCGACCAUUCUUCAACAUGAAGCUCUCACUCCUUCUCGCUCUUCUGCCAGUGGCUCUUGCCCUUCCUGCGCCAGUCAUCAUUCCUCGUGCUGGCACUCCCAUCCCAGGAAGGUACAUUGUCAAGCUCAAGAACCAGAACCUUGAGAACCUCAUCAACACUGCUUUGAAGCUUCUCAAGAAGGACCCCACUCACGUCUACAAGUUCGGUGGUUUCGGUGGUUUCUCCGCUGAUAUCACUGAUGACAUUGUUGAGCUGCUCCGCAACCUCCCCGGUGUUGACUACAUCGAGCAGGAUGCCGUUGUCCAAGCCAACCUUGGUGUCGAGGUUGAGCUCGAGAAGAAGGCUUACACCACCCAGUCCUCUGCUCCUUGGGGUCUCGCCCGUAUCUCCAGCCAGAGCAGGGGCACUACCUCGUACACCUACGACACCAGCGGUGGUGAAGGCACCUGCUCUUACAUCAUCGAUACCGGUAUUCAGAUCAACCACCCAGAGUUCGAGGGCCGUGCCACUUGGCUCGCCAACUUCGCUGACAGCUCAAACACUGACGGCAACGGCCACGGCACCCACUGCGCUGGUACCAUCGGUUCCAAGACCUACGGAGUAGCCAAGAAGACUCAGCUGUACGCUGUCAAGGUCCUCGAUGCCAGCGGUUCGGGCACCAACUCCGGUGUUAUUGCCGGUAUCAACUUCGUUGCCACCGAUGCCAAGACCCGUAGCUGCCCCAACGGUGCCGUUGCUAACAUGUCUCUUGGUGGCAGCCGCUCCACCGCCGUCAACUCUGCUGCUGCUAAUGCUGUUUCUGCCGGUGUCUUCUUUGCCGUUGCUGCUGGUAACUCCGCCGCAAAUGCCGCCAACUUCUCUCCUGCAUCCGAGCCCACUGUCUACACCGUUGGUGCCACUGACAGCUCCGACCGCCUGGCUACCUUCUCCAACUUCGGCACAUCAGUCGACAUUCUUGCCCCUGGUGUCUCUAUCCUUUCCACCUGGAUCGGCGGCCGCACUAACACCAUCUCCGGUACCUCCAUGGCUUCCCCCCACGUUGCUGGUCUCGCUGCCUACAUCUUGACUCUCGAGGGCAAGAAGACACCUGCUGCUCUCUCCUCCCGCCUCACUACUCUCUCCCUCAAGAGCAAGAUCACCGGUCUUCCCUCCGGCACCGUCAACAACCUUGCCUUCAACGGCAACCCCACCGCUACCUAAACAGGUUCCAAGCAGGUUCUGAGCAGGUCGAGAUGAUGAGAUUCCCUCUCUCUCCCUCUCUUCUUUGUGCUCUUUUUCCAUUACAACUGUAUAUAUGAUGAUUGAGUUUUGCAUGGGCUUUUGGGCUUGUUGCACCGAUAGUUUUGGAAAGAGAUGUCAUAAGCGAGAUUCAAUAAACAAUGUUGAGCGAACUCUAUUUCAUGCAAUCCGUGAUCUUGAAAUUCUCUUUUCUCAAACUAUGCACUUUGAGUUGCAUAAAGCGUAC